UGUCAAAUAUGAUUUUGGUCUGUCCAUUUGAGUCAAUGUCACUUUUUCAUAAUAGUUGUCCAAAUUUUCAGUUCAAAAAUGCUCAAAACAAUACAUACUAUUAACAAAAUUCGUGAAUCUAUCUCUAGUUCCGUUUUAGAUUUCAACACUAAACCAAUAUUUCUACAAAAAGUUUAUGGUGGGUUGAGUCCAAUUCAAACAGUUAGGAGUUUCUCUUCAAAUCCAAACCAUGUUAAAGUAACUAUAAUUGGAGCUGCAGGAAAGAUUGGUCAACCAUUGAGCCUCAUGUUGAAGCAGUCUCCUUUGAUAGAUGAAUUAUGUGUACAUGAUGUACAUCCAACUAGUGGUUUUGCCAUGGAACUGAAUCACAUUGAUACAAACUGUAGAGUGUCCGCAUUUACAGGAAAAGAUAAUUAUGCUUCUGCUCUGAAAAAUUCCAAAGUUGUUAUUGUGUUGGCUGCAGCUCCAGAAUCAGAUUUAUUACCAUAUGAAAAAAUGUGGUCUCCUAACGCACAUACGAUACAGGAAAUCACAACACAAAUCGCUCGACAUUGUCCAAAGGCAUUCUUGGCAAUUGGAACUAACCCAGUCAAUAGUUUAGUGCCAAUGACAUGUGAAGUGCUGAAAAAAGCUGGAACAUUCAAUCCCAACACAGUAUUUGGUAUUACUUCUCUUGAUACAGUCAGGGCAAAUACCUUUGUGGCUCAAAUACAAGCAGUUGAACCAGAAUGUGUUAUGGUACCAGUUAUAGGAGGUCACACAGAGGAAACCAUAAUUCCCGUCUUAUCACAUGCGAAACCAAGUGCCGAAUUUACAAACGAAGAAUUGGAAAAUGUCACAAUGAACGUUAGGAAAGCUCAGGAUAAUAUGCUGAAACUAAAACCUGCGGAAAGUGCCCCCCUAACAAGUGCUUUUGCCACAGCAAGAUUUGUGAUAUCACUUGUCAAAGCAAUUCGAGGUUACCCUGAAAUAAUCGAAUGUGCUUAUGUGAAUUCCAAAGUACACCCCCAACUGAAGUAUCUUUCCACUCCACUAUUAAUUGGUCCAAAUGGUAUAAUUAGAAACUUGGGAAUCCCAAAAUUGAGUGAAUUUGAAUCAUGUAUGCUGGAUAACGCUAUACCAACUUUGAUGAGUGAUAUAAAGAGAGGAGAGAAAUUUGUGGGAGUUAUUGAUCCACCUUCUUGCGAUCCUUGUGAUCCAAAUCUCAAUGCACCAAGAUGUCCACGAAAUUGGUGUGAAUUCAAAAGAGAACAGGGCAGAACAAUGUAAUAAGUGAUACAUGAACUUGAAUAUUCAUGUGUUUUGUAAUUUAAUUCAUAAAAAAAACAUGUUUUGAUGAAGAUGAAAGAACAAACUCAGUAAAAUAUUUAUAAAAAAGUU